AUGUCAUUUCUUAAUAUUUGUAUCAUAAACGACAAUUUUCAAAUCAUAAGUGGUUUGGUGGAUCAAAGACAAAAUUUUGAAGGCCGUGCAAACAAAUUUGUUCGAUACUUUAAUAAAAGAACUUGGGAACGAACAAGACUGAACAUUACAGAAUCCUACCACAAACAAAAAUUAUCAGAGCCUGAAUUUCAGGUGUUUCCUCAACUACGUAUUGUGAAUCAAUUUUACUCUGGACAGAUGGCCCCAGGUGAUACCAAGUACAGGCCAGAAAUCGAUUUUAUUCACACUCAACUUGGAUUGUUCAAGGAUUCAAACUUGGGAAAAGAGAUCUCCGUAAACAAACUAUUCGAACAUUUAGGUGAUCCAUCAUGCAGAAGGGUGGCAUUGGUUGGAUCUGCAGGGAGUGGUAAAACCGUGGCCUUAAAACGGCUGGCAGAAAAUGUCGUUGUUAUCAAUAACUUAUUGAAAAAUACUAACCCUGAUGUUGGAUCACUUUUCAAAAAAGGAAAUAAGUCGAAAUAUAGAUUCAAAUUUGUUCAUUACUUGGAUUUGAGAAAACUUCCAGUUUUAUAUGCCACAAGACCAGAAGAAGCACUGGAUCCCUGUGAUUUGCUUUUUGGACAAUUCGCACCAACACUCGAAAAUAUUGAGGUACGUGAAGGGUAUAUAUGGACUCAAAAACAUCAGUCGGAAUGUAUAUUUUUUCUUGAUGGCCUGGAUGAAGUUUCUUGGAAUCUAGAGAAGAAUUACAAUAAGAUGACGUAUACCGAUAAAUCAAGCACAGCCACAAUAAUGUAUAAUUUCUUAUCAAGAAAUCUCUUUCCUGAUGCGACAUUGGUUAUUUCUUCACGCGAAUACGGAAUUGCAUCCUUGCCUUACGAAUUACGACCACAAAUGGUGAUUGCUCUUGCUGGCCUAGAUCAAGAGGACAUUAAGAGACUAUUCAUUGCAGUUUCAGGUGAAUCAGGAGAAGAAUCCUGGAAUAAGUUUACAGUUCAAUCACCAUCACUUGUCCAGUUCUUGAGAGUACCAUUAUUCUUGAUUUUUAAUGCAAUAGUUCUUAAGUUCAACCCUCAAAACCUACCUGACAUAACAGAUGUGAUGAUACAAAUACUCCGUAUUUUUUUUCGAUCCAGUCACGCUAGAAUAAGCAGAAACAUAAACCAAUAUAUUCACAAGUUGAUGGGAAUGUCAUUCGAAGGCAUAAAAGAAAAGCGAGUAAUUUUCACUAUCGGUGAUCUCCAGAAGUUUGGCCUUCAUUCAGAUGAGGUUCGAAAUCUUAUCAUAAAAGUCCCUGGAUAUAAAAUUUUAUUUAACCAACAUCUCAUGGAAGGUGACGUUUUGAUGCACUUCAGUCACCAAAUCUUCCAAGAACUUCUGGCUUGUCUAUACAUUGCCAACAUGGAUCUUGACAUUUUUCAAUCUUUCGUAACUACAGAAAUUCACAGUGAUCAUUGGGCUGUCGUUUUGAAAUUUCUAUGUGGAAUUAUCUUGAACGAGAAUACUGCUACCGAGUUUAUAAAGGAAUUGAUUGAAGUUUCUUCAUUGGCAUCGAAAAAAGAAAUUCUCAGACAUAAAAUAGAAUCUUUAUUCAAUCACGCAACAAGAUUUCAACAAAUUGUGGAACUGUACAAUACUUUGAAUGAAUCCAAGGACAUAGAAUUCAUUCGGGCACUCGUGAAAAAUAUCACCUUUGAAAGGGAGAUAUUUACUGAAUAUGGAAUGCAUGCCGUUUCAUCCGUGAUGCGACAUUGCAACUAUCUGCAAAUAAUAAGAUUAAUAGACUGUAGCCUCAAUGAGAAUGUGCUAGAAGUUAUGAGAAGAAAUUUAUGCUCGUCAAAUCUGAAGGUGGAAAGAUUUGACGUGAGCAGAAACCAAUUAAAUGAGCAAUCAUGUACCAUUCUGGGGUCGAGUCUGCAAGAAUGCUCUGUGAAAGAACUUAUAAUGCAAAACUGCAAUCUCACUGACAAGAAACUUGAAGCUUUGUCAGGAUUUGACUCAUUGAAGAUAUUUGACAUUGGCCACAAUGAUCUUUCUAAAGUUUCAAUGAAGAGCCUAAAAAAUUUCAUCUUGGAAAAUAACGUGAAAACUCUUAUCACCGAUACUAGGCAUUUACGACAGGAAUGUUUGGAUGAUCUAAAGCAAACAACCAAAGUAGUGGAAACAGGAGUAAUGCAAAAAAAGAAUCACAAUAUACUUCCAGGCCCUGAAAAAGAAAAAUACACCAAAUUACUACAAAUUGGUUCAAGCAAAUCAGAGAGAAUGAAGAUUUUCACUGAAAUGCAUGCAGUCGGAGAGGCAUUGAGUGAUACAAUUGCAUCGAGUGUACAGGCAAUCGACAUGAGCAAUGUCACACUCACAUACAAUGACAUCCCAGCUCUUGGUUUUAUCAUAAGCCACUCAACAACACUAAGUAUGGUCAAUUUCAGCAACUGCAGAUUACCACCAAACUCGAUUGCUCGACUGGGAUUUUCUAUCAAAAGCAAUGUUGUGAUUCAUGAACUCAACAUUGAAAAAAAUUACAACCUCAAUGUGGAAGACUUCAUUGCCGGCGUCAAGCUUUGCAUCAGGGAAGGAAGAGAAUGCAAUUUUAUCUGUGAUGUUGCGCAACUCACCAAAAAAGAUAAAAAAGUCUUUAAAGCUGUGGUAUUACAAUACACGGAAACAUCUCCUUCUCAAUCUGCGAGGUCAAGACGUGUAUUAGCAAUGGAAAGCAGAUUGCAAAUUCCACAAGUUCCUUUGAGGCGGUACAAGAAGCACACAGGAAAGUCUUAUAGCAUUAGACACCAGAGAAAAGCUGUUGAAGAAAAAUCACAAAAAGCUACAUAUUCGACUAGUCAGUUACAGCCAUCAAAGACAGAUCAGACAACUACAGAUCCAAGAAUCGUUGCCCACACAGAAAAUACUGACAAACGGGAAGAGGAACCUUUAGAAACAUUCUCUGAUGCUACAGUCUCCACAAAUAGGUAUUCUACACAGCCGAAAAGAACGAAAAAAAAUGUGACAAAGUACAAGCCCAAAACUGUUGCUGAAUCUGUUAAGUAUAGGAAGAUGCAGAGAUAUCAGUCAAUUCUAAGCACAUUAGAAGAAGAAAUAAGUGAAACCCUGUUUCAUUCAAAAUUGGAUAAAAGUGUAAAAAUAGCGGCAUUGGCAUCAGAUAGAACAAGGUUUCAUGUUUUAGCAAAUAAAACAACAAAGUCAGCAGGACUGAGGCGGCAUGUUGAAAACACGCAUUCGAUGGUUUCUUCAAUGAGGAAAAGCACCAAUAAAGAUUCUGGCAUCAAAUCGUUCAGCCACUUCAGUUCAGCAGCCAGCAAAAAAAGCAUUCACAGGAAAUAUUCUGGACUCAGAACAAGAAUUUCUACUGACAGUGCACGUGGAAGUUUCGGCAGUUCCGAAAAUUUUGAUAUUUUAAAGAAAAAUAAUGAUCACGAUCCAAAAGUGGUUGGGCACCAAAGCUUCGAAAUGACAUGCAAAUAUGGGCUUGGAGUCGUGGAAAGUAAAACUGAGCAGAUUGAAAGGUGGUUAAAUAAAAAACAAUCGCAAAAGUUUGAAUUACCACCAGAAGAGGAUUUUGUAAAAGGGAGUGAGCAAGGGCAUAUAGAUCUUCUUGAAAUGAAACUUGACAAUGCUCUUCGUAGACCAGAAGUAGUAUAUGCAACCAUUGGUGAAAAAGGUGGAGAAGUGAGAAUAUCCUCCUUCAAAAUAUAUUUUCCACACGGUGCAGUUAAAGAAGAAAAAGAAUUUUUCUUCAAGUCAUGCUCUUUUCCCGAUGAACAGCAGUCUGAGGGUUUUUUCCCCAUAACUCCUGUCCUCACAUGCAGACUGAUAAAUGAGCCCCACAGAUUGAAAGAUGAUACGAUACUGCCAUUUACUUUUCAUAAGUCAGUCAAAAUAACAAUGAGAACUUUUUGUAGCCCAAAAUGUGUGAACGUACCAGUUAUAGUUUCAGUAUUCCAUACAAAUGAGAAGGGUAAAGGUGGUCGACAAGUAAGAUCUCAUGAGACAAUACUUGGUCGAUUGGGUGUUAUUGAUAUUGAAGUUAAAGACUUUUGCAAAUUUGAGCCCUCAAUUCCUAAUGAGCAACUGAAAAACAUAAAAUUUUCCCUAAAAAACAAUAUCAGCUUUGAGAAUACAGAAAGGGUAAUUUCCUAUUUUUGGAAAGAAGAAAAAAACAUCACUGCUAAUGAUUUGGGUAGCAGUGGAAGUCCAAUAGCAACAGGAUUUCCAUUGCCAGUAGAAAUCAUCAUUUCCCAAGAUUCGACCAUUAAGCUUUCGAUGAAUUGUAAAUACCCCAAUGAAACUGAAGUUGAACCUUUGGAUCGUAGCUUCAAAUUUGCUGAAGAUUUGCUCAUACAAAAGUACCAUAUGGUAUUCUUCGAGUUAAAAAAAGUAACACAUAAAUCUUGUAAAUUAAAAAUUGAUUAUACCCUCAGAGCAAUCGACUCAUACCAGAAAUCUAGAACAAGGGGACCGCUUCCUAUCUUUGUUGAAUGGCCUAUAAAACAAAAUGGUAAGUGAUAUUUUCUACCUUUUUGGGAUCGCUUAAAGCAGCUUUCAGAUUCUGUAGUAGCUAAAAUUUGCAUGCGGGCCGCAUGAUUGGAAACACGCUACUUCGCGGGUCUAACAAUCAAAGCCGGCAUUGUUAUUUAUGCUUUGUGUGAAAUUGGUGUGCCCUUCGCGAUCCUUAAAAUUCGUCGCUCGAGCUCUCGCCCCCCAGUUUGGGAAACCCUGAUUCAAAUAUCUCGGUAUUCAGACUGAUUCACGCUUAAAACAAUAUCGGUAUACAAUCUCACACCCAUUAGU